GCUCUCUUCUGAUCUUUUUGUUUUUGAACUUUAUAUUCAUUUGUUAAAAUCUUCCGUGUCCUUGAAAAAAAUGGAAAAUCGGGUGGGGUUCAGAUUCAUUCCGACAGACGAGGAGAUCGUGGACUAUUACCUCAGGCUAAAAAAUCUCGGUGGUGACACGAGCCAUGUAGACAAAGCCAUUAGCACAGUAGAUAUCUGUAGCUUCGAACCUUGGGAGUUACCUAGCAAGUCGAGGAGGGAAUCGAGAGAUCAGAUUUGGUAUUUUUUCGGUCGGAAGGAGAACAAGUAUAACAGAGGUGAGAGACAGAGCAGGAUAACCAAGUCUGGUUUUUGGAAGAAAACCGGAGUUACAACGAAUAUAAUCCGAAAGAGAGGGAACCGCGAGAAGAUUGGUGAGAAAAGGGUUCUGGUGUUUCACUCGAAUUCCGAAUGGGUUAUGCAUGAAUAUGUUUCUACGUUCUUGUCUCCUACUCAGACCACAUAUACAGUGUGUAAAGUAAUCUUUAAGGGUGACCCCAGAGAUUUACCUUCUUCUUCUUCUUCUGCUCCUGGUGGUGGUGGUGGUGAAGUUGAGCAUAAUCACUCUCAGUUCACUCAUAUGAACAACUCUGGUGAAUUUGAGGGGUUACAGAAUCAACGUCACUUUACUGGCUUGCUUGAUGCGGAGAAGGAAACUCAGAUCCAUGAUGCAUUAUGCAGGGGUUUAGACAGUGUUUCAACUCAUGAUUUGAACUCUUUUAUCAAUUGUGGAAAUAAUGAUGAGGAGCAUGUGAAUCUUUUGUUUAUGCAAGAAAAUCGCAACGAUUACAGACCUAAAAUAUCACUCACCGGUUUCAUUGAUCAUAGUGAUGAUGAGGAUAGUGAUUCUGAUUUGAUAUCUGCAACAACAACAGGCUCCAUCCAAACCUCGAGCGCUUGUGAUAGUUUUGGUAGCUCAAAUCGUCGCAUAGACCAAAUCACAGACCUACAAAACUCUCCUAACUCAACAACCAAGCUAAUGUCACCAACCCAAGUGGUGAGAAAAACCAGUCUUGAUGCAUCCAAGGAGAAGUCUGAUGUACAAGGGAAUGAAAUGGGGGAGUACUAUAAAAUGGAUCAAGAGGUCAUCAACAAGAAAAGAGGAAGUUUCUUUUACAGGAAAAUCCGAAGCUGCAUUAAGAAAACUCUGCUAUGUUCCCCCCCCACACCCCAAGAACAUGAUAAUUAA